UUCUCCAUAGCACGGCCGUACGUGGAAAAUUUAUCAAGGAUAUAUGGAAGAAGGUCUUCCUCCCGGAUUCCGAUUCCAUCCAACUGAUGAAGAACUUAUCACUUAUUAUCUCUGUCCGAAAGUCUCCGAUUCCACUUUUACCUCAAAAGCAGUUGCUGAGGUCGAUCUCAACAAAUGUGAACCUUGGGACCUCCCGGCCAAAGCUUCUAUGGGAGAAAAGGAAUGGUAUUUCUUCAGUUUGAGGGAUCGAAAAUACCCAACAGGGCUAAGAACAAACCGUGCGACUGUGGCUGGAUACUGGAAGACGACAGGAAAGGACAAAGAAAUCUUUCGUGGCGGGAUGUUGGUCGGGAUGAAGAAGACCCUGGUCUUCUACAGGGGUAGAGCCCCAAAAGGUGAAAAAACCAACUGGGUGAUGCAUGAAUAUAGACUUGAAACUACACAUGCUUUCAAAGCUAGCAAGGAGGAAUGGGUAGUUUGUCGAAUCUUUCAGAAAAGUACAAUAGCUAAAAAGCCAAUGGCCUCAGUGUCAUCGCCACAGUCAACGGACUCUCCUUGUGAUACUAACAUGAUGACGAAUGACUAUGGCGAUAUUGAGCUGCCAAACUUAAAUGGCAUUUCCACAUCAACUAGUAGUAAUCUUUUGCUUCAGAGUUAUGGUGUGGAAACCAACCUUAACACAAACAUGAAUCUGAAUAUGAGUUUGGCAAGCAGCCAUCCAUCUCUUGCUUGGCCAUCUAGCUUGCUUAGUCCAAAUCUUUCAAUGAACGCGUUGCUUAUCAAAGCAUUGCAACUUAGAAGUUAUCAACAAAGAGAAGCUGCAAACUUCGAUUAUCAAUUGAUGGAACAAGGAAAUCCUAAUUACAUAAAUGAGGCAAGUCCAAGCUUACAAGCUUCUUCCGCUAGAACAUACGAAUCUCUGCAGCAGCAACAACAGCCGCAACAACAGGAGCAACCAUUCAAUUUGGACUCCAUGUGGUAGGUUUAUUCUGUAGCAUUUGGGACUAACAUAUUAUCAUUCAUAAUGGCAUUAGAU